AUGAGCACUUCCACUUCUCCACCUGUAGGAAAAGAAACUAUAGUCCCCAUAAUUGAGGGUCAUGGUCAGCAAAAUGCCGAACCCCUUUAUGUGCGCUACUACUCUGGCCAUCAAGGCCGCUUCGGACACGAGUUUUUAGAAUUUGAUAUCCGCACAAACAGUGACGGCAAAUCAGGUCUACUACGCUACGCAAACAAUUCUAAUUACAAAAACGACACACUGAUAAAAAAAAAUGUCACUAUAAGCCCGGCGGUUCUGAAUGAAGUGCGGCGGAUAGUCAAGGAAAGUGAGAUAGAACUGGAAAGCGACGAGCGGUGGCCCGAAAAAAAUCGAGACGGCAAGCAGGAGCUCGAGAUCAGACUAGGGAAAUACCAUAUUGCGUUUGAAACGGCUAAAAUCGGCUCCCUGAACGACGUGCAGAAUAGUGAUGAUCCAGAAGGUCUGCGUGUAUUUUACUACUUGGUAAACGAUCUGAAGGCUUUAGUGUUUUCACUUAUUUCAUUGCAUUUUAAAAUCAAGCCUGUAUAA